AUGGGGAGGAGUCUCACAGGGUUCCGUGCUGCAAGGCUUGACGUGAAUCUUGCUGCAAGGCUUGACGUGAAUCUUGCUGCAAGGCCUGAUGUGAACCCUGCUGCAAGGCUUGAUGUGAACCCUGCUGCAAGGCUUGACGUGAACCCUGCUGCAAGGCUUGACGUGAACCUUGCUGCAAGGCUUGACGUGAACCUUGCUGCAAGACUUGAUGUGAACCCCAUCUGGAAACUACCCAGUUUUGGGUCUUACCUGGAGCAGCGCAAAAAGAUAAUCGCUGAGAACAAGAUUAAACUGAAGGAACAGAGCAUGGCUGCUGUGCUUCCUAAGAAAAAGCAUUUCAUUCCGAAGAAGCCCAUUCCAGCAAUCAAGGAUGUAAUUGGAAAAGCACUGCAGUAUAUUGGAACAUAUGGUGAGCUCUGCAACACGGAGCAAGUUGUGGCUCUGAUUGACGAGGAAAUGUGUAUCAACUGUGGCAAAUGUUACAUGACCUGUAAUGAUUCUGGCUACCAGGCUAUCCAGUUUGAUCCCCAAACCCACCUGCCCGCGGUUACUGACAGCUGUACAGGCUGCACCCUGUGUCUCAGCGUCUGCCCUGUUAUCGACUGCAUCCGCAUGGUUUCCAGGACAACACCCUACGAACCAAAGCGCGGGCUGCCCUUAGCCGUGAACCCCGUGUGCUGA